CCCCCCUUUUAAAUCCUGUUAAUCUCCACUUCCUGAUCCUCCACUCCUCCAUUAUCACCACCCCCACGCCACGCCACGCCACCUCACCCUCCUUUUCACUGCCAAAGGACUGAUGUUGGGCAAGAGGACAAUAAGCAUGUCGGGAAUAAAUGCUUCCACCGGAGAAGUUCCGCCGCCGUUGGGGCCUCAAAAUCGUAUGAUCGGCGGUGGUGGAGUUGAAACUGUAAUUACGCGUCCGCGUGGAUAUAAUAAAGGAUCAAUAGCUACGAUGCCUACGGGAUUCUCCAUGAGUGGUGGUUCAGGUGAUUCCGCCACUAUAGAGACGGCGGAUUUCUUGACGACCUGCGGCCUCUGCAACCGCCAUCUGCCGCCAGGUCGUGAUAUCUACAUGUAUAGGGGUGAUGCAGCAUUUUGUAGUCCAGAAUGCAGAGAGCAACAAAUAAAACAAGACGAAAAGAAAGAACGUCGCUCCAUGGAAGUUUCGAGGAAGGCUGAAAGUCAUCAUCACCACUCUAAAGUGGCGGCAGCCACUGCCUGCGUCGGACACCUCCGGCGAUAGCGAGACAGUGGCAGCAGCUUAAGGAUGGAAAUUAUGCUGACAACCAUCGAUUAAUGGUCAAAUACUCAUAUUCACUAAAUAAUAGUGUGUAUUCGAUCCGUUAAUGAUAUGGUGACACGUUUAGUAGGAAAGAACAGAUAGUAAUAGACAAUAUUACGAAAUAUUAUCUUGCUCAUCCUAUGGCCUAGUUCAGUGGUACGUAUAUGCCCGAUUAUCUGUCGAUGAUUAUUAUCGCUAGACAUUCAGUUUUGAAUGUUAUUUCAAGAUAGAAGGGAAAACAAUUAGAUAUUCAAUUUGAAUGUUAUUUUGAAUGAUGAAUAGUGUGAUUUAAUUA